CAUUUACGCGACAGUGUUGAACUGAUUGAAGAAAAGGAUAGUCUUGGAUGUGUCGAACGAAAAAACACGCGAAUUCUGAAAGAUUUUCUGUCGGAUUUAAUAACAGCAGUUGAUACAAUUAACGAAGAUCACAUACGCGCAUUGCAAACAGCAAAUCUUUCCGAUCCUGUAAGCAUCAGUCGCUGCUGUGCAGCUGCACGUGCUUUACAAGCUUACACGGCAGCAAAAGUCAAUCCAUCGAUGCAUCUGAUGGUUGCUUACAAGGAAAGAACCGAGCAGUUGAAUCAGCUGAUUGAUCUUUUCAUCGAAAAACUUAUGGCACAUAUGUCGGCGCUCUUCUCCAAUUUGGUAAUGCUUGCACAUAUUUGA